UCCCCACAGCCGGGUUGGGAUUAUGAUUGGCUGCCGAUCAGCCGCAGAUCUUUGUCCUGCUCUUGCGCUGGAAACCUAUGACAUAGAGAUGGGCUCACGGGGCCCGUGGGCUUGAGAACAGUCUAUGCAUGUACUGUAAAGAUUCAUGAUCUGCAUCAUUCAGCAUCUGCACGUCCACCCACUGAUUCACAUCUCGCCGCGGAACACCAUUGAGAGGAACAAACCAUACAGCAUGUUCCUACUCCGAGAUAACCAUUUUAAUAUUUAGAACCCGUGUUUUGUGCGUCUCUUUUACGUAGAUCAUUGAGAUGCGAUGCGCUCUUCAUUGAGGAGCAGCGGACUGGUUAUUAUUAAUCAGCUUUCAUAAGGCGCGCGAGCUGGACGCUUCUGUUAGACAGGUGUUUCGACCACCUGCCUGAUACCAUGAUGUUAGGGCAGUCUCCACACCUUAUCGGGGGAAUCCACUGGAUUCAAAACCCAAUGCGAGCUGUUCACUGCAAUCUGACCCAGAAUGGGAUUGACCAUCAGGUGUGUGCAGAGGAUGUGACCUCACACCUGGAGGAAGUGUCUGUUGAUCAUGGACUGGAUGAUGACAGCCAAGGCUUUCAGGACCAGAGUCCUGGUUUCCAGCGACGAUCUCCACCUCAGCGCUCCGUCUCAGAAUCUGAGCUCUCCAGGCCGGGAACUGUGAAGCUGUCCAAACCAGUGGCACUGUGGAGCCAGCAGGAUGUGUGUAAAUGGCUGAAGAAACACUGUCCCAAUCAACACCAAGUCUACAGUGACUCCUUCAAGCAGCACGACAUCACAGGUCGAGCUCUGAUGAGGCUCACUGACAGGAAGUUGGAGCGUAUGGGCAUCAUGCAGGAGAGUCAGAGACAGUACAUACUACAGCAGGUCCUCCAGCUCCGCGUCAGAGAAGAGGUCCGUACUCUGCAGCUGCUCACGCAAGCCUCUCUGGAGAGUUCACCGUAACUUGAGCAUUCCUGGAGAUCCUCUGUUCCUUGUCCAUCUUCUCAGACGUCCACAGCACACACCAGACUCUGCAGUCUUCCUUCAGUCCAGUUCUCUUAAAACUCUCCUAAAGCAGAUCUAGACCCUCCCUCUGCCAGUCCUAAAAAUGGAUCCAACUGAUCUUCAGUAGCGCUUUACAGCAUAUCAGAUCCAAACUCGAAGAAUCGCCUGGACUACUGAUGUUCUCUUUUGGACAAUGUGAGAGACCUGCUGCUGAAUUAUCUUGUUUGUUGUAUGUAAUCCUUUCUUCCUGGCAGUGCUCAGCACACAGCCUGUUAGCAAAUCAGACUAGCAUGAUGUUCUACAACAUGCCUUCUUGGACUUCCUGGAACAGUAUGGAAGAACAGUAUCUAUCUAUCUAUCUAUCUAUCUAUCUAUCUAUCUAUCUAUCUAUCUAUCUAUCUAUCUAUCUAUCUAUCUAUCUAUCUAUCUAUCUAUCUAUCUAUCUAUCUAUCUAUCUAUCUAUCCAUCUAUUCAUCUAUCCAUCCAUCCAUCCAUCCAUCCAGAUACUGUAGCUGUAUCAAUAGUUAAUUUGUCUGUCUGUCUAUCGAUCUAUUUAGCUAGUUAAUUAGCUAUCUGUAUAUCUAACUUGUUUAUCUAGCUAUCUGUAAUUGAAAUAUACAUUUAUAGCUAGCUAUGUAGCUUAUUAGCUAUCUGGAUAGGUAAUCAAGCUGUCUAGCAGUGUUUCUAGCUAUCUCUUAUGCGGACUCCACCCUUUGCACAUCUGAAUAUUUCUUGUAUCUUCCUCUCUCUUGUGUCUACCAUAUUUUAGUAUAAUGUAAACCAUCUGGUCGGCUUGCUUGGUUAGUUGUCUCUUUGUCUUUGUAUGUCCCGAAGCUUGAAUUCCCUCGCCAUCCAUCAAAAGCAAAAUCCUGUUAUUACGUAUCCCGUAGACUGAACUGCACUGUGACCAGGUCUCUUAAAAAGACAAGCCCACCCUUCCACAGGGAGCUGCGUUCCACCCCAAAUCCUUCUUUCAUCGCUGGACCAAAUGCAUUAUACUCUCAUCUCUUGAUCCGGAGCCAAUCUUAGGGUUUGACUCAUGGUGGAAUUCAAUUAGAAGGCAGGAUGAAGCAACUGAGCUCAGAGCUGUGAAACUGCAAAGAAUCAGAAAUGGAAGACAAUUCUUUUUUUUUUCUUUUUUUUUUUGGUUAUGAAGGCAGGAGAAAGAAAAAUAGAUGACAUGCCUCUCUGAAGUCUCAUCCUGCCAUUGGGAGAGACAAGGAAAGGAAGGGAAUGUACUUUUAGGUAUGUAAUGGAAUUAUUAAAAAGUGUAUAAAACAGACAGAGCAUUAUUUUACAGAAAAGAAGAUGCAAGAUGCCUGUCACUAGGAGCCUUGAACUACCUUUUUGAAUAGAGAUCCUCACAAAGGCAUCACUGUUAAUAUGACAUGGCCAUUCACUGUUACCUUUUUAACUUGGAAGCACAUGGAAGUACUGAAUCAAAUGAACUGUUUCUUUGUACCCUUGGAUCAUUGUCACUUUUGUAUCAAACUUCCAUUACUUACAAGAGCCUCAGGCAUCAACAAGGAUUCUCACAACACUUGCCACAAUUGUAGCAUGACUCCGCAAUAUUGCACACCUUCCACAAAGGCGCCAACACAAUCGCCAAUAAAGGUCCAUGACAGCGCAGACCCACCAUUGAUUAACCAGAGCGGCUCCAGUUGUUUUGAGGGCUACAGUAAUAGGUUACAUGCUGCUGAUCGUGGCAUCCAGCCAUGCCUGUGAUGGAAGGUUUGCCUUACAAGAUGCUUAGAUUGCAUUGAGAUCCAAAAAUUGAGUAGUAUCGAUUAGACCAUAUAGACUCAUAUUGGCUCUUGUCAGGCUCACAGGAUGGAGUCAAUACUGGGAAUCUGGGGAAAAGCAUGUUCCAAUUAAAAACUAGCUACCAUUUCAUGCCUUUUGUGGGGCUUUGGUGUUUUAUAUAGCUCAGAGAGGGCUCAACGCCAGGGGCUUUUGAUAACUGAGGAAACUUGUGAAGGGCUGAGAGGAUGAAAACCGAAAUGUUCAUUGGUUUUAUAGCUGCUAAACUAGAAUAGAUCUCACUAUAUAGAGAAUUUGUGGUUCUUUAGAGAGAAGUUUUUAAAAUGAAAUCACAUUUUUGCUCAAAAUGGUUUUGUUUUGGACAGUUUAGAUGAGCCAUAGUGGGAAGUGACAAACAAUACACAAGCAACUCUUAAAUCAGCUAUAAAAGACACUAAAGGAGAGUUUUUCUUCUUUUCAUUUGGAUUAGAUUAUUUGAUGGCAAAAUGUUCACCCACAAGGGGUUUGUUUUUGAUUUGAACUUUAUGAGACCAUCUCAUGGUACAUUAACCGCAGAGAUCAAGUCAAUUCAAAUUUUUCAGCAAAAACUUAACAAAUGCAUACUGUCGAUUCAGACUCAUACAGUAGUUCGCCUUAGGGUGUUUUUGUUAUUAUCUAAGAAAAGUGCAUAGGAAUUAUUUAAUUUUUUUUUAAAGAUUCAAUUUUAUAGGAUAUUCUAGAGCUGCACAAUAUACAAAAAAUGUGUUUAAUAAUCACAUAAAAAAUAUACACAGUACUUAUAUAUUCAAAAAUUAUAAUAUAUAGUAUAUAAUGUUCUUUGAUACACGUCAGGAUCAAAUAACAAUGAUUCAGUCAUUCUCACAAGUGUCUUCAAAUAACAAUACUACUCACAAUGGAAAACAAAAAGGCAAACACUAACGAUCCUUUUUGAUCUUCAAGACGGUAGACCUUGAAAAAACAAAUUCAUAAUAAUUAAUGAACAAACGUACAAGUAUAUUAAUGAAUUAACAUUCUCUGCCAGCUCCUUUAUUUGUGAGAUUUGCCUUAAGAUCCACAAAGCUUUUAACACUUCUUUGAGGAAUAGAAUAUGACUUUUGUUAGAUACGUACCUCUCUGCCAGUGUAGUUCCAUCUGACAUGAUAUAAAAAUGUGUUAGAUUGGCAUUCUAACUCUAGAAAGUUGUACCUUUGAUUGUGGAGCUGCAUUUAGUGGAUUAUUAAUGUCCACACAUGUACUGAUGUUGUUCACGUUGGUUCUGACAUCCACACCUGCACACAAAUCAAGUGAACGUUCGCCUCAACAACUGCACAAAGUACUCAUGGAUAUACUAAGGUUAUUUUCUUGCAUACACUAUAUUGUUGAUAUUUUGAUGUGUUCAUGCAUGCAUUUACACCACCACACCGAUAUAAAUGCAUAAUGCUGUACACCUUAAUCUAAAUAAUGUCUGUUAACCUUAUUUACACCCAUAAUAAACUAUGAACAACAAUUUUUGACACUACGCAAGCAUGUUUUUAUUAUUGUGGUUAUUAAUUUCUGAUGUUUUGGAUUCAGAAGGCAUGCAGAACAAACUCUCAGACCCCAUAUCUUUUCCUCUAUCUUCAUAUAGUGUGCCUACUCAUUAAUAUUCAUGAAUAUGUUAAUAUUCUAAUAAACAUAUUAAUAUAACAAUGCCA